CGACUUCCCGGCAGUUGACAAGCCCGUUGGGCCACCUCGAAAGACCGAAGUAGCCCUCACCUGCUCAUGCGCAGGUCUUGUUCAGUCGCCCAAGAAUACAGUUCUUGUUUGUACAAUUUCGUAAAGAAUUACCGACUUUGAAUCUUUCCAUGAUGGACCUCCACACCGCCACCGGCGCCAUUUUUUUUUUCGUCUCCUGGUGUUUCUUUUUCCCUCUUGUUUCCUUGCGGGUUCGCCUGAGCCUGGAGGGGGAUUGGUCGACGGAGGAGAGCGGCGGAGAAGGAGGAGAGCAGCGGGCUAGACGGCGGAGAAGAAGAGAUGAGCUCCCCCGUCGUCCUCGACAGCCUCAGGGAGCGGGCGGCCUUCAUGAGGGAGAGCUUGCAGAAGAGCCAGGCCGUCACGGAAAGCAUGGUUACCAUUCUCGGCUCCUUCGAUCAUCGGCUCUCGGCCCUCGAGUCUGAUAUGCGGCCGAUGCAGGUGAAGACGCACGCUAUAAGGAGAGCGCACGAGAACAUCGUUAAGUCCAUGCAGUCCGCAGAUGUUAUUCUGGCUCAAUUCGAUGUCUGCAGGAAGGCAGAACUUAAAAUAAUGAAGGGACUGAAUGGGGAUUAUAGAGGAUUCAUGGAGGCAGUGAACCAGUUGAAAAAUGUUCGCCAGUACUUCAGCUCUAACAGAAGCAUGGGAAAUUGUGAUGCUGUCCUUAAUUAUUUGGAUGGUUUAAUAGCUACAGCCAUUCAGAAGCUUGGAGAGGAUUUUAAACAGCUGCUGUUUUCUUAUAGCAAGGUUGUUGAGCCUGAUCUUCUGUUUAAGUGCCUUCCGGACUCUAUGCAGCCAUCACCAGGAUCACCAGGGCCACAUGGUAAGAAAACACACAAUGGUAACCAUACAGAAGUGAAGGGUACAGAGGCGACAGUUCAUGCACUCCCAACACUUGUCCCAUCUAAAGCAGUGCUAGUACUGCAUCAGUUGGCAGAAAAAAUGGUACAAGAAGGCCACCAGCAGCAAUGCAUAAAAAUCUUCAGGGAUUGCCGUGCUACAGCUCUAGAGCAAACCCUUCGGAAGCUAGGUGUAGAAAGACUAAGUAGAGAUGAAGUUCAUAGGUUGCAAUGGGAAGUUUUGGAGGCUAAAAUCGGAAACUGGAUUCAUUUCAUGCGCAUUGCUGUCAAAAUACUGUUUGCUGGGGAACGAAAAGUCUGCGAUCAGAUGUUUGAAGGCAUGAAUGAUCUCAAGGAUCAGUGCUUUGCAGCAGUGAUUGCAAAUAGUUUCUCUAUGCUUCUUACUUUUGGAGAUGCUAUUGCAAAAAUCAAUAGGACACCUGAGAAGUUGUUUGUACUCAUGGACAUGUAUGAAGCAAUGCGUGAACUUCGGCCAGAUAUUGAGGUGAUGUUUGAAGGCAAAAUAUGUGCUGAGAUGCAUACUUUAGCAUCAAGUUUAUCCAAACGCUUGGCACAGACAGCCCAUGGAAUUUUUGGUGAUUUUGUAGAAGCAGUUGAGAAAGAUGCCACGAGAACAGUUGUUCCAGAUGGUUCAGUUCAUCCACUGACCAGUUACGUCAUUAAUUAUGUGAAGUUUCUAUUUGACUACCAGGCUACAUUGAAGCAGCUUUUUGAAGAAAUUAAUAACAGUGACAAACCUAGAUCCCAGUUGGCAUCUGUGGCAAUGCAGAUAAUGUCUUCUCUUCAAACAAAUCUGGAUGGAAAGUCUAAGCAAUACAGGGAUCCUGCAUUAGCAGAAAUCUUUCUUAUGAAUAAUGUUCACUAUAUAGUCAGAUCUGUUCGCAGGUCAGAAGCAAAGGACUUAUUGGGUGAUGAUUGGGUACAAAGGCAUCGAAAGAUAGUGCAACAACAUGCAAACGUUUAUAAAAGGAUUACUUGGAAAAAGAUUAUACAGAGCUUGUCUGUUCAAGGUUUGGGUUCGUUAGGCAGCAGUAGUGGAGGGGGAUCAGAUGGUGCAAACAGUAGUGGAGUUACACGGACAAUGGUGAAAGAGAGGUUUAAGAUCUUCAAUUCAAUGUUUGAAGAGCUCCAUCAACGACAAACUCACUGGAGUGUGCCAGAGAGCGAGCUUCGUGAAUCUCUCAGGCUUGCGGUCAUAGAAAUCCUGUUACCUGCGUACAGAUCCUUCAUCAAACGUCUUGCCCCGAUCAUUGAGAAUGGAAAAGAUGCUCAGAAGUGCAUGAGGUAUACGCCCGAAGACCUUGAGUCCAUGCUCAAUGAUUUUUUUGAGGGUAAAGCAUCGAGUUAAUCAAUGAGAUGGGAGUGGUGAGUGGGUUUUCUAACUGCAGCAAGAAAAGAGGUGGGGCUGGUGAUGGACUGUGACUUGGAAGUUACAGAUUAUCUUUCAGAACUUCUGACAUCCAAGGAAAUGCAGUUCCUCUGGCCUUCGGAGUAUUUUCUGAAGUUACCCUUUAAUCUGGUGUGUCUUAAGGCAGUUAGCAUUGUGGGACGAGUGAUGGCAGUCAUGGUUGACAUGCUUAUGGGCAUCUUUCCUUGAAGAAGCUAAUUAAGACUGUAUAUUUUUGAAAUCCAGGAAGGAAGCUAGCAUUGAGAUUCCACUUAAGACAGGAGUUUGUUCAAUUUCGACCGAACAUUACUGAUAUAAUAAAUCUUCAGGCCGCCUACUCAACAAUUUUCAUGGAUCAUGACACAUAUUUG